CCCAGAAUCCGCUCUUUUUUUUUCUGACCUGUACUUUGUGCAUGAACAAUUUUCCAACCGUGCGCAUUACAAAUAUCCACAUUAAUUUUCAUAGUUUACACAAAGAGGACUGAAAUGGUCUUUGGAUUUUCAAGAUUCUCUAGGUGGUGGAUCCAUUUCUCCCAGGUGACCGCAGGAAAUACCCUAUGUUUUCUAGUCAGUUACUGUAGCAUUGCAUUGUCCCACUCAGACCAAAAUUUGCAUUUCUAACCAGAUAAGAUCAGUGGAAUAAAAGAUGGCUGAAUUUGAGAGCUUUGAUAUAGGGAAUAUUUGACUUUAUUGUGCUGUCUAUGUGCAUCUAUACAGAUGAAAUAGAUAAGUUUAUUUUAGAACUGGAAACUUACAGAGCAGGCAGUGUACAACAUGGCCCUGGUGGCUGUGAUGACAGCAUUGAUGGCGGUCCAGUGUGCAGGUGAACAACUUAUGCCCAGUAUUCCCUAUCCCAUCAGCAAGGAGAUCGAGGCUGUGGAAGGCACAGACAUUCAGAUGGAGUGUUCCGUCAGCAACUUAGGAGAACACGAUGUUUUGUGGAUAUUUCUACAGCACAAUGCUACGAUAUCAAGAAACCUACAAAUAUUAUCAGCAGAAACGCAACAUUAUACCAUAACCCGUCCAUUAGGGGGAGAAUAUUCCCAUUUCACAUUAAACCUUCUCACUGUGGUCCAGAGUGAUGCUGGAUUGUAUGAAUGCCAAGUUCAGGGAACUUCAGUGAAGCAAACUGUAACGCUUACUGUCACUGGUGCAGUGACCGUCCCUCGCCCAGUAGUCCCUCCACAUAACUUCACCUCUUGCUGCACCCAGGCAGGGGUAGCCCCGCCCUGUGGCCAGGCAUGUGCCCCCAGUACUCUGGACAUACACAGGUGGAAUCCAGCCACAGCUUGUGCAGCUGAUAUACCAAAAAUACUCACUUGUGGAGCAGGUGACAGGAAUCAUUACCCCUGCUGCCAAAGGCGCCAACUACCCACCCAUUGCUUGCGUCUCUGUGUUGGUGACAUCCCUGACUCUCUGGGUGUGGAGUAUGCAGACUGUGUUAACAAGUCCAUGGAUAUCUUGGCCUGCUAUGAGGAAGGUCAAGCUCUCCUGCCAGGCCCACCCCGCUCAGUCUCCGCCCUGGGUCUAACUACCAAUAUCAUCCUGGUAUCUUGGGAGCCCCCGACACAAAUCCCUGAUGUUGGGGUGACAGGAUACAAAGUCUUCUUCAGGAAGGCAGGGACCAGCCUUCCUUUUAAUAGUACUGAAACCUUAAGCUCCAACAUGGCCCAACUAAUCACAGAUCCCUCAAAGAAUGUGUACAUAGAACCUUACACCCUGUACGAGAUCUACGUGAUAGUGGUCAACCAACAUGGGGCCAGCUUACCCUCCUACAUUGUGGAAGCAAGAUCUUUGCCAAGAAUGCCAGAGAGAAGUAAUACAACCUCUGUUUCUAGUUGCUGUCGAAGACACAAUAUUUCCAGCCUGUGUAUGCCACUGUGCCAGAACACGGUCAAUAUCAAACUUUCUACUGUACUCCAGUGUACUGCAGAACUAGGCACAGUGUACUCAUGUCUGGCAGGUGGCCGUAACCACACAGGUUGUUGUGUGGCCAGAGAUGUGAUUCCAGACUGUUUGUCUUAUUGUGGAGGACAGAAUACUGCCGCAAGCUGGUCCCAGCUACAGUGUGCUCUUCAGUUACCACAGAUUGAAACUUGCAUUAUGGAGGGUGGAGCAUUGAUCCCAGCCCCACCCCAGAAUAUUAGACUCCGAUCCGUCUCUAGCAAUUCAGCCGAGCUUCAAUGGGAUGUAGAUACUCCAGAAACAGUGAAAUAUUUCCAGAUCUUCCUCAGGAAUAAGACAUCAGGAGGAAAUAAAACUGAGAUCCAAGCUAGUUCGACGGCAAGACAGGCUCUUCUCCCUCCCCUGGUUCCCAACACCCUGUAUGAAGUCUAUAUGGUCGCCAGGGGGCAGAAUGGUUCCAGUAUACCCUCCAGUGAGCUAGUAUUUAUGACUUACCCACCCCCAGAGCCGACAACUCAGCCAACAGUGUUGCCUCCCCCACAGCCUCAUAACUGGACAGAGUGUUGCAUUAAGCGGAAUGUGCCCAGUUUCUGUCUACCAUUGUGUACCUAUGAGUUGCGUAAUGACAUAGAGGUUGGGAUGGAGAGCCUGGCAACCUAUGCUCUGUGUAUCACCCAGCUGACCACCAUAUUGGCUUGCGGAGCAGAUCAGCGCAACCAUCGACCAUGCUGUGAAAACAUAGUACUCCAGGAGAGCUGUCAACCACUGUGUGCCCUGGGUUAUAACCAGAGCUUUUCACUUGAGUGGAGCCAUGUCACUUGUAUUGUUGACAGCCAGGACAUCAUCAAGUGCAUGAAGCAAGGAGUUGAUUCCUUCCCAUCAUCCCCCACCAACUUCACAGUGUACAACGUGACCACACACACUGCCUCUCUGGACUGGGAUGCUCCUAACAGAACAUCAUCUGGACACAGAGUGGAGUGGUACUCUGUACAGCAUAGGAAGGUCACUACAGAACAGCUUGCCUGGAAUGAGGUGAAUACCACAGAGACCAGGUAUAAUAUUCCAAAUCUAGAGCCUGAUACACAGUAUGAGAUACAAGUGGUGGCAUUCAAUCAGAAUGGUUCAAGUUUACCAAGUCCAAAGAUUUCCAUCUGGACUGCUGCAGAAGAAGUGCCCACAACACCAGCUCCUAAUGGAACAUUUGUGAGGAAUGACACUGACUGCUGUGUUAAUCUAAACGUGAGUCCAUCUUGUCAGCCAUAUUGUUAUUUCACACACCCCGAUGCCGAGGUGCCUGCUACCUGUGUCAAUGAUAUCCUCAAGGUGUUUGCCUGCAGAGGAAAAGACCAUCAGAAUGAGCCAUGUUGCAGGAGGCGGAAUGUCCCAGGCAUGUGUCUGGGUGUGUGCCGCGGGGAGGAUGUCUCCAGAGGAGGACUGGUGGCAGAACUGGUCUGUCCACUCUAUUUUGCUCCAAUCAUGAGCUGCAUUAAAGAAGGCCUUGCAUCUUUCCCAUCCCCACCGCGGAGGUUCCGUAUCACUUCCCAGGGGCCCACUUUCCUGGAGAUGUCCUGGCUGCCUCCACUGAUCAACAGAGACAAUGCUAGGUAUGACCUCUACUAUAGGAGAGCCAGAGAGGAUGAGGUGACCAAAAUUAUGAAAAAUAUAACCAGCCCAGUGACACUGACUGAUGUUGAGGCAGGGAAGACAUAUGAGGUGUAUCUAGUAGCACUCAAUGACCAUGGUGCCAGCACUCCCACACCUGUUAUUACUGCUACCACAGAAUAUAGAAUCGCAGCGUACAUUGUGAUGGCGGAGGUUGUAACUGGCCGGGUGCCAAGAGAGGGCGGUAGUGUGACAUUACGCUGUGAGGCCAGAGGAACGCAGCCUAUCCACAUUUUCUGGACCCGCAAUGGCAAAAUACUCAGCAAAGACUCUAUAUACACCAAUAAUAACAUAACCCGCCGCCAGCAAGGGGAAUACAUGUGUCACGCCAACAAUGGGAUUGGUGAAGAAGCAACCGAGACAGUGGAUGUGUGGGUGCUAUAUCAGCCCACCAUAGAAAAUGGCACCCCUGGAAGACUAGCUGUCAUCCCCAGCUAUUCUGUCAACGUCUACAUCCACUGUUGGUUUGGUGGGAACAUCACAGCAGGGUAUUGGAAGCACAAUUCUGUGCUCAUCUCUAACAGACGGGUUUUGAUGGGGAUGAACAGGAAUGCCAGUCUAGGGCUGACAGAGGUGUAUUUGGUAUUCAGAUACAUUGUUGAGGAUGACUUGGGAAGAUAUGAGUGUAUUGGGGAGAACUCGUUGGGUAAUAUCAGUAGAACAAUCACAUUGUAUGAUCCCCAGGAUGUUAGUACUACUACCUCCCCAACCUCGGGGAUUCCACCAGCAACAAGACCCAUGGCAACCGUGAAAGAAUGUUGCCGUAGCCAGGGGGUGUCAGAGAGGUGUCAGGUGGGAUGCUCCUUUGACAUUGAUUUGGAUGCCUUCCUAGUCAACAGUGCCAGGACGCGGUUCCAGUGCCUAAGUGAAGCCCCAAAACUCCUGGCUUGUGCAGCAGAUGGUCGUGAUCAUGAAAAGUGCUGUCGUGAGGCUGGCGUCCCAGAGACAUGUCAUAAUGCCUGUAAGGGUAUAGCAUCCACAAAUUUCUCCAGUGACCCUUGUGUGCCAUAUAUAGGCACAAUUGUUAACUGUCUGGAAUCAGGGAGAGAUCUAAUUCCAUCAGCACCACUAGAUGUCCGUUACCUGAACACCAUGAACCAUGUGUCUGUCAUGUGGGACGCACCAAACAAAAACUAUUUUAAGAUUCAAAAGUACAUAGUGUUCUACAGGCCCAAGACAAAGGACAAUUCUGCAUUUAAGACUCUGGAUGUGGCUGUUGGACUAUUGUCAGUCGACAUCCCUUUUGCCAAUCUCACAGAAAAUAGUACCUAUGAGAUAUAUGUAGUGGCAUGGAAUCAUCAUGGCCAGAGUCAGCCAUCAAACAGAAUCACAGUGGACAUAUCAAGCACCAGUACACAUUCACGAGUCCCAUUUCCACCUCGCAAUCUGCGCACAAAUUUUGUGGGGUUCACAGAGGUGCACCUGCUGUGGGAUUUACCCUUGGCCAAUACAAAGGGACCGCUCCUGUAUCAUGUGAAAUACUAUGAAGUUGGGAACACACGGCACUAUCAUAAUGCCACCAAACUUACUUACCUAAAGCUGAAAAACUUGAAGUCUGGAACGACUUACGAGUUUAGGGUGGCUGCAGAGAAUACAUAUGGCUCCAGUUCAGAGUCAAAUUUAUUGACUGUUCAAACAAAAGGUCAAGCAGGAGGAGUGUCCAGUGGUCAGUCUGGUGUGAAUGGUGUGGGCAUAGCACUCGGAGUUUUAGUCCCACUACUCUUACUUGCCAUUGCUGCUGUUGGCAUUAUGUAUUUCUUUUAUAGGAGACAAAGAAAUAACUCCAGGUUUAAGGAGAGUGUUUCAUUUGAAAAUCCUGGAUAUGCCAGUCAUACCAAUACAGAAAAUAUACAGAUAUCUGGAUUGCCAGGGGAACCAACUUUCAUGGAGAUUGCCAAUAGCAACCAGCAGCCUGUCUCACCUGUAGAUGGCAGCACUGAAGUGGUGUCGGGAGGAGCACGGAGGGGCAAUGGAAUAGCACACCAACCCAAUGGUGAACCAGCAUAUAUGCAGCUGCAGAACAGACAAGUGAAACCACAGGACGAGGUACAUUAUGCAGUACUUCAGAGAAACAGUGCGCAAGCUGAGAGAAACUCUGUACAGGAGGGUGAAUAUCUCCAAGAUGACAUUGCCUGUAAUAAUGGUGGAAGCAGGGAUAAAAAGAAGACAGAUACUAGUAGAUCUAAAAGAAAGGCAGCAGAGGAAGAGGAGGAUGGUGGUGGGGGGUUUAAAUAUGUUUCCUUAUCCUCCCUGACUAAUGGGAAUGUAGUGAAAGACAAGAAGUCCCAUCAUCAGAAUAGUACCAACAUUUCUGAUCCCAGCAGUAAUGGGCACUGUGUCAGUCACAGUGAAAACAAUGCUGCAACUUUGGACAUUACAGACAUGCAGCCUGUGGAAGCCAACAGGAUACACUUGCAUUAUACAGAUCCCUUAGAAAGUGCUGCCGUAUAGGAGUACAAGGGUUUCUUUCUGAAUGCAAAUUCCCCCUCAGGUCUUUUAUAUCUCUGAUUGAGCUAUACCUUUUUAUUUAGGAAUCUAUUGUUGUUAGGAAUAUCUAUUUUUGUAAAGAAAAGUGCAUAUCUAUGUUACCACAGCAACUCACUCAAGCCCUUUAUCAUAUUGUGAUAUUGCUCCCAAUAUUAAUUCUGGCACCUUGGCCCAAGUUGCAAUUUUUUAUAGUAUAGAAAAAAAAGUACAAACAAAAGUGGACUUUAAGAUAAUUUUUAAACAAGCAGUGCUGUUCAUGACUUACGUGGUACUUACAAGUGAAUGAUUGGCAACUGUGAAUGAGAUUUCUUAUUGGAAGAAGCAUCUUUUUCCAAGUCAUAAUAAUAUAUGUUCAUGUCAGGGGAGCUGGCUUUUCCUUGCCAUUACCAUUACUGUUGUGUGUAUGUUAUUGUUGUUGUGAUAGUUUUCUCCUGUAGACCCCGGUAGAUUAAAAGAUAUUGGUGUGAUAUUUUUAGAAUGUGUUUGGAUAAAUGUAAAGAAAUGCCCAAGGCUCUUUGAUUAAGGGAAAUUUUUCUUUCUUGCCAUAAUCUGAUGUUUCAGAGUCAUAAUCUCUAAAAACAUGUCACAUUUAGGAUGUCUUUAUUGUACACAAAAGAAUGUUACACUGUACUGAAACGUGUCAGAAUCUCGUAAGUUUUCAAAUUUACAAAUUGAUGAUUUUUUUGUCAGGUUUAAAUUUUUUGAGCAGACUUAAGUGUCAUGGUCACAUUAUAUUUUUAAACAUGGGAAUGUUCAGUUGUUAUACAAAGUUACAUAUAUAUAUUUAAUCCUGCCAAAAAGAAGUUUAGCACCUGCAUGACUGUAAUGAAAUACCUUCUGGCACACUGCUUUCAGUAGUGAUGAUUGUUUUAAGACUUAAGAACUAUUAAUGUUUACUUUAUCAGUGAAUUUUGACAUCUCUGUUGAUUAUCUGUACAUUCAUUGGAACUUCCCUCACCCCCACGUCUUAAUAUAUUCACUUACACAGGGCAUAUAUAAAUAUAUAUGGUGGUGCAAUAGGGUUUCCCUAUUGAGAGCUUUUAUCUUUUCUAUUUGCAUUGUAUAAAGGUCAUCUAUCAUUGUGUAUUUUACUAUGUAUUUGUCACAAAAUGUAUAGAUAUAAGGCAUCAUUCAAGGUGUUUAUUCAUCAUUUUUCUUUUAUUUGACCCCCAUUUUAAUGUAUCAUAGAUGGGUUUUAUUGUACUGGAACCUUCUUUAAGCAAUGUCCUUAUUUAUCCUUUAAGGUAUUGGUGCCCCUUAUAUCUUAUUUAUUUUGCCCAUUUUAGUUGUGUACUAGCCAUGGAAAUGGUUGACCUGUAUUUUUUUUGCAGUAUCAUUUUCAAGGUGUUAGUCCUUGGACAUUUUCUCAUUUGGGUCACAAAUACUGAAUUUUAAUUUAUUUUUCAUCUUUGUCUGAAACACUUUGUUACCAUUCUUGAUCAUUCUAUUUACUGCUGGUGUCUUAUAGUAAAACAGCACAUAAUCAUUUGUUUAUUCAGAACUAUAAAUUGCCUUGUAUCUAUGAUAUCUGGCAAGAAACUGUUUUUAUCAUUUUGCCUAAUGUGGGAAUUUCCUCAACUUUCUGUGUAAAAUCAUGGUUUGAUAGGUGUUUUUAUAUGUUGACAAAUGUAGCUCAUUUGCUUUCUUAUAGGACAUCCAAGAUAAACAGAUUUUCUCCCUUGCACUGUUGAUGUGCACAAUUUUAUCCCCACCUUCUGCUGCAUGACUUUGUGCUGUUUAUCUUUUUACCUUUUAUGUAUUUUCUCUAAAUAUAUCACCAGCGAAGACUUGCGUGUAUAUUUAAAGGACUGCUACCUCAUUGUGUAUAGCAACUCUCUGUCCUUGGUCAUGCAGUUCAUCUUAGGACCCAGGUUUAUAAUACUGGAGUCAAUACCAUCAUAUUAUCAGAUCAAUAAUCACAGAGAUGAACAUUUUGAGUUGUAGUUAAGGGGAUUACACUUUUGAACCAGUGUAUUGUGGUGACACACCUGCAAAUUCACUUACUAGCACAUUUCACACAAAGGUUUUAUGGUACUCUUGCACUUCACUAUGUACACGGUUGUGAAAAAAAAACUUACUGUUACAUUCCACUUUAAGAAGAAAUGAUAUUUAUAAUAUUUAGAGUUUGUGGAAUAAACUUAUUAAUAUUA